GACAUGAAUGUAGAUUGUUUUAAUCAGUACUAUAGUUGGCGCGCUUCACGAGAGUUGCGUUGCGAAUGUGCGACUGACGGUCAAGAAUAGGUCCAUUGAAGGCUUUAAGGAUGGUGCAGGAUGAAGUAACCUGUUCCAUAUCUCAAGGGGGCUGAAAGAGGGAGGAAGUAAAAGAAAACACGAGAGGCAGAGUAGCCAAUAUUCAUGUAGGAAUGUUUAAGGUAUUUGUUAAGAAAGAGCAUUUUAAUAGGUUAAAGAAAAUAAGCUUUAGCAAGGUUCUCAGUUCCAUAGUAGUACUUAGUCUAUUUUGUUUUGGCCUGAAAGCGGUUACUGUCGACACUAAUUUUGACAAGCUGUGGAUUGAAGAAAGUGAUCGUCUUACUGCUGAGUGGAAGUAUUUAACUAAAGCAUUACAAAAUGUUCAUACUGAAACAUUAUAUGGUGAUUUGUAUUAUUUUUCAAAAGAUACUAAAUUGUCUAGAAUGACAUAUCAUUCUCAGAGAGAUGAAAUAGACGAAAAAGAGACUGAUAUAUUUUCUUUACCAUCAACUAUGUCCAAAUCUAAAACUGAAACAGAUUCAUCCCUGAAUAGUCGUGAAUAUAUGGGUAGUAUGGAGACAAUAUUACAAACUACUAUACCAUAUACUAGCAGUCAAACAUUUUCUGAGCAUAUUAAAUCAUCAAAUUAUAUCCAUUCAGAUAAUAUUAAUGAUAACAGCAAUGUUGACAAUGAUAAUUAUGUUGAUAUUCUAACUCCUCAAGCUUUAUUAGAUCAUAUGGAGUUUUUGAUCAAAGUAAGACGACUUACAAUAACAGUUGGUUCAUCAAAAUGGUCUUUUAAAGAUUUAUGUCAACGUGUUAGCCUACCGUUCGGUGUGGAAAUGCAUCAUUUACAAGCUUAUCUGGAUAUGAUUAUACCGUGCAUUAUUAUCACACCAUUGGAUUGUUUUUGGGAAGGUGCAAAAGUUCUUGGUCCUGAGGAAGCAAUGUGGGUCCCUUGGUUUGAUGAACGCACUCUACUUCAAUGGACAAAUAUUGAUCCUGUUGGAUUACUUCAAGACCUUUCUAAACGCUAUGGAAAUUAUUCACAAACUGAAAUUAAAAAUCUAAUUAAUCUAUUUUAUGAUUCUGGUAUUAAUCAUGGCUAUUUGAAUCGUUCUUGUUUAGAUCCAUUAGAUCCAGCUUGUCCAGUAUCAGCCCCUAAUUAUAGAGGAAAGGCUCCAUAUAUCUCCAAGAUACUUAGUGGUGGUUGUCCAGGAUUCGCUUCCAAAAUGCUUCAUUGGCCAGAGGAAAUAAUAGUUGGUGGUCGAAUUCAUACUAAUAAUAGUUUUGAUAUACCUUUACAUACAAAUCACCAAAAAGUUUCAUUUGAUUUAAAUCAAAAUAAAACUAGAUCUUCAAAAUCUUCUGAUCACUUUCUUUUAUCUUCGUCAGUUAAAUUCAAUAAAACCAGUCAGGGUUCAAAAAAUCUUUCUUAUCUAAUAAAAGCUAAUUCACUUCAAUCACUUAUCUUGUUGAGAUCUCCAAGAGAUUUAUAUGAGGCAGUUAGACGAAAUGAUCCUUACAAACAUGAAGAUUGGACAUUGGAUGAUGCUAGACAUGUUUUACGUGAAUGGAGACGGAAUCUAAGACGUUUGAUAAUAGAACACAACACUGGUUUACAACCUAAUGUUGGAUGGCGAUUUUUCGCAUUUACUAGCGCUUCAUUACAUGACCUCUUACAAGAGAUUACACUCCGUCUAGGACCUCUCACAUUGAUUGGCUGUCUUUUGUUAGUGGUUCUUUAUGGCGUUGUCUGUCUUCUUGGUUGGCGAGAUCCUGUUCGUUCACAGUGUUGGUUGGCAUUAUGCGGACUGAUGCUUAUAGCGUUGUCUUCAGUGGCUGGAUUGGGAAUAUGUGCAGCUGUUGGUAUUCCUUUCAAUGUAUUAACCAUUCAGGUAUUACCUUUUCUUCUCCUUGGUCUGGGUGUAGACAGUAUAUUUGUUUUGACCACUUGUCAUGAAUGCUGUAUCGCUCGACGUGUUGUUUUGUUGACAAAUUCAUCGCCUCCUUCGGAUUUGAGCACUUCGUCGUCAGCAUUCUCCUUAUCUUCAUGCUCGUCGAAAUCAUCCAAUCCUGUCCACGUAUUAUCUGUACAUGGUCCCAGUCUACUUUUUGGUACAAUAUCUUUAGCUGGUGCUUUCUUUUCUGCUGCAUUUAUCCCCGUCCCGUUAAUUCGCCAAUUCUGUUUACAGGCUGGUAUUCUUAUUGUUGUACAAUCGAUCAAUGUAUUUAUGCUCUUCCCUGUUCUAUUACAACUUGAUGCCACUCGUCGUAAUCAAAAGCGUUUAGAUGUGUUGUGUUGUUUACGUCAACCGCAACUAGAAACAACGAUGAUGUCAAAUCCCCCCAAAUUAACCACUUUUUGUCAAUGUGAAUCAUGUCAUUUACGACCAUUUAAUUACUAUUCUGGUAGUAAAAAUUUAAUUCCUAGUCGUUGUCAUCGUCAUCAUCAUCACCACCACCAUCACCAUCAUCAUCAUAAUCAUAAUCAUCACUAUCAUUGUCGACAUUGUCGUUAUAUAAACUCAAAAAAAUUAACAGGGGGUAGUCGUGAUAUUUCUAUUAAUUUACCAGAGACAUGUAUCAGUUCUAGUUUUUCACAUCCAACUAUACAAGUCAAUGUAGUUAAUCAUCUUCCUAGAUCAAAACGUUCAUCGUCUUCUUCCAAUUUUAAUAAUGAAGUUACUAAAGCAGUUGUCAAGACAACAGCUAAUUCUAAUGCUAAUACUGUUCAUACUACAGUUACUCUAACUGGGAAUCAAGAUAAAGAAACAAAUACUACUAAUAAUAUUUCAGAGUCUAGUGGAACUGAAAAUGUAUCAGUUUUGGAGUGUGGAAAAAACUGCCCUACUUGUCAGGAAGUUACUUCAAUACCAGAGCAAGGAAGUCUACAGAAAUGCAGUAUACAACUGUGUAUAUGCUUAUUAGGUCUUGGAUUAUUUUGUGCAGCUGUGCUUUGUGCAACUUUUAAACUACGCUUAGGUUUGGAUUGGUCCAGUUUAACACCUUCAGAUACCAUUGAAUAUGGAUUUAUAAAAACGGCGGGUCAAGCCUUUGGUUUGAGUAAUUUUCAUAUUAUUGCUCGUGGUUCUGAUCUGCCUGGUUCUCGGCCGGUAUCCAGUCAGUCACUAGCACAAUAUACAACUUCAACAGCUUCCGGUGGAACUUCUGCCCGAUCCCGCGUAAGCUUGGCUACUGUCGGACGAGGAUAG